AUGGGGUUUUUUCCAGGUAAACAAUCUCUUCUGAAAUACUUUGCAAAUUGUUCUAGUCAGGUCAUCGGCCAUGGGAUAUCUAACGAGCUUAUGCAAGACAUCAUCAAAAUGGUCCAUUACUUCUUUAACUUGCCUGCCAAGGAAAGGAUGGUUUACUACUCAACAGAUAUCUACAAGAGCUUUAGAUUCUCCACAGGAUCCAUAGCAAGUGCAAGUAAAAAGUUUUGGAGCGACUAUUUGUUCCAGCACUGUCAGCCAGCAGUUCACGAGGAUGAUCUACCAGAAAGUUGCCAUGCUGAUCCAGGAACCAUAACGGUAUUACAACAAGAACUUGGAGUUGAGGGCCUUGAGGUUAACUACAAUGGCCAAUGGAUUCCUGUGAAGCCAGUUGAAGGCGCAUUAGUCAUUAAUGUAGCAGACAUGCUCCAGGUGAAAUAA